CAGCAGCAGCAGCAAGCAAGCAAGCAAGCAAGCAAGCAAGCAGUACAAUGGCUCGUACCAAGCAGACAGCAAGGAAAUCGACCGGCGGUAAGGCGCCCAGGAAGCAGUUGGCAACGAAAGCUGCCCGCAAGAGUGCUCCGGCCACCGGUGGUGUGAAGAAGCCGCAUCGUUACAGGCCUGGCACAGUGGCUCUGCGAGAAAUUCGUCGCUACCAGAAGAGCACUGAACUGCUUAUUCGUAAGCUGCCGUUCCAGCGCCUUGUUCGUGAGAUCGCACAGGACUUCAAGACUGACCUGCGUUUCCAGAGCUCGGCUGUUAUGGCUCUGCAGGAGGCAAGCGAAGCCUACUUGGUUGGCCUGUUUGAAGACACCAACCUGUGCGCUAUCCACGCCAAGAGAGUGACUAUCAUGCCGAAAGACAUUCAGUUGGCCAGGCGUAUUCGUGGAGAACGUGCUCACCGAUCAACAAACCACAACCAGCAUCAUGUCAGGCAGAGGCAAAGGCGGAAAAGUGAAGGGAAAGGCAAAGUCUCGCUCAUCCCGUGCCGGACUCUCCCCAUGGAAUGGGUUCCACCUCCGCCCCCUGUCAUCUCUCACUCAAACUUCCCCCCUCUACCAUCACAAAAAGAGCAGCAGCCAUCAGCGGCGCUGAAAGAAGGAAGUUUGAAACCCACAGCAGAACAGGGACAAACCAGCAUUCUGAGCUUUUUAAGCUCACAAAAGUUCAUCCAAUGGGUGUUGGCAGCAAUGUACUUCUUGAUCGCCUGCAGUGACGAGCCACCACGCUCCUUGAGUCCGGCAAUAGCAGCGUUCACCAUUUCGCCGGUUGGCGGGUGUGCUGGCUUAGCACGCGGCUUCUUGGAGCUGGCUGCUGCUUUCGAUGCGGCCGCCUUCUUCGCCUUGGCCGAUGUGGAUGCGGCUGGGACCGUUGCCGCUGGACUGGUUGCUGUCUCGGCUGACAUCUUGUUGUUGAGUAGUAGAGUAGACAGUACUGGUAUCGCUGCUGCUGAUGCUAACUUGCUUUCAAUAGCUUCGAGACUCUACGCUACGCUACUGGUGGAACAUGUUAGGGCUUACGUAGUAGUAGCAGCAGCAGCAGCAGCAAGCAAGCAAGCAAGCAGUACAAUGGCUCGUACCAAGCAGACAGCAAGGAAAUCGACCGGCGGUAAGGCGCCCAGGAAGCAGUUGGCAACGAAAGCUGCCCGCAAGAGUGCUCCGGCCACCGGUGGUGUGAAGAAGCCGCAUCGUUACAGGCCUGGCACAGUGGCUCUGCGAGAAAUUCGUCGCUACCAGAAGAGCACUGAACUGCUUAUUCGUAAGCUGCCGUUCCAGCGCCUUGUUCGUGAGAUCGCACAGGACUUCAAGACUGACCUGCGUUUCCAGAGCUCGGCUGUUAUGGCUCUGCAGGAGGCAAGCGAAGCCUACUUGGUUGGCCUGUUUGAAGACACCAACCUGUGCGCUAUCCACGCCAAGAGAGUGACUAUCAUGCCGAAAGACAUUCAGUUGGCCAGGCGUAUUCGUGGAGAACGUGCUUAGACGACAACACACGCGCGGCUAUAUCAUGUUAUUGGCUGCUGGUGCUGUGCAAUGCAACGCGCACUCACACCAACAACGGCCCUUUUCAGGGCCAG